AUGGUUCUGGGAAGACUUGUUCAUUAUGCAGUCGAUGCAGUCCUACUUUCUACGCUAGCUGCUGGAGUCCGUCGUUCAAGCGGCUUUGCACCAAACGCUGAAUCCAUAUCUGACCCUACUCUGCGCUCUGUUGCCGAGCGCUAUUUUGGCGUUGGAGAAACCAUCUUCGACAUGAUCCAAGCCACCGCAGUGAACAGUCCUUACUUCAAGCGCGAUGGAAAGGGCUCACGAUGA